AUGCCAAGUCAGGACAACAGUCUUUUUGAAGAUAAAAAUAUUCAACGUUUUGAUUCUGAUACCAUUAAAAAUCGAUAUGGUAAUAAUUGGAGAAAUUUUGCAUCAAAUGUACGUGAAAUAACUCAACCCGAUGGAUCAAUUAUCAAAGAAUAUAUUAUUGAAGAUCCAACUUUAUUAGAAGAGAUCAAAUCAUCACCAGGACCCACGGAUUCAGCAUUAUCAACAACAAUUUCUGAUGAUGAACAACAACGACAAUCAUUAAAAAAUAAAUUUGCUCAAAUCAAAGCUAAUUUUGAACAAAAAACCAUUUCAAAUGUUAUGGGAUCACCAUUAACAGCAUCGACACAUAGUAGUAACACAACAGCACGUGAAAAUUUGCGAAAACAAACCGAUGAGUUAUAUGCUAGACACAGACGAGCAUCCAACGAAUCAAUACCUAUUCAAACAAUAAAUUUUGAUAAUAACAAUUCAAUACGUACGCCAAAUCAAUCGAUUAAUACACAUGAUAGUUAUCAACGCUCACAAUCAAUCGCAACUGAAAAAUCUAAAACGAAUUCAUUGAGACGUUUAGAAUCAGCUGAUGAAGCCGAUGAAGAAGUUCGACGAAUUCAUCGGCAAGGUGAAGAAAUACGUCGUCAUAAAGAACAAUUUACUCCUAUAUUAUCAACCAAUGAAAUUUCACACCAACCUCGUGUUCAAUAUGAAAUACUUGACGAAGAUGGAAAUCUUUUGAAUAUUGAUGGUGUUCAAGAUUUGAUUAAAAUGUCAGGUGUACACGCACGAGAAGUUCCUCAACUGGAUGGAACAAUUAUUAAAGAAUAUGUUAUAGAUGAUCCUGGACUAUUAUCAAAAUAUCAUUCUCAACAACAAAAAUCAUCAAUUACUUCAUCUUAUCAUCAACAUCAAAUUAAUAGCGAAGAACCUCCGCCACCUCCACCACGUAUGCCAUUACGAUCGUCAAUAUUAUUUCGGCAAGGAACAUCUUCAAUUAAUGAUAAUCUUUCGCAUAAUAUUCAACAGAUUCAUGUUCUUGAACCACAACGUCGCUAUGAAUAUUUAACAAGAACUGGCCGACGCGUUCAAUUUCUUAUAACGAAUUCAAAUAGUUUUAAUCGACAAUUAAUAAAUGAUGGUGAUAUUCGCGAAUUAACGCAUGCUAUUAAUAGCCGUCUUGCACCAUCUUCUACUACUAUUGUACAACAUCAGCACCAAGAACAAGAACAAAAUCAGCAGCAACUAUCAUCAACACAAACAUCAUUUAAUCUACCAAAACACUGGAAUCCAUCAGUUGAUUUUACACAACGAAAACGUAUCGGUUCUGAUACUCAACUAUAUUCUGAAAAUGCCAAUAAUGAUGUUCGGCACAUAUCAACAGAUAUACCUCGUUCCAUAUCUCAUGUUGGUCUCAAUCAAGGCUCGUAUAUUUCGCAAAAUCAUCAACAAGUAUCGAACGAACCAGUUAAUAAUUGGAAUACAUAUCGAUAUCAAGACCCACAUAGUGAAAUUAACAAUCAACAUUAUCAGAAUAAUGAAACUUUUCAAACAUCAUCACAAUUUUUACCAUCACAACCAAUAACAAGAUCCAUGCAUUCACCGCCAAUAAAUACUAAUCAUAUGCAGGUUUCUCAUCAACAAUCCAUAGCUUAUCCAUAUCAAGGGCAACAGCAACAUGGUGUUCGAAUUCUUAAUGAUUUCAAUCAACAACGCACACCGAUCAUAUUUGAUCAACAUAAUAGAAUAUCAACUUGA